UUCUCUCCUCGCGGCCAGUCAGAAUCCUCGGCAUCACAACAAAGUCCAAUCUAUGCACCGGCUGCAGACGAUGAUUGGGAAGACGAUGACGACAUGGACUUCGAGGACGACGACGGCACCGAAUAUGCAACUGGAGACGAGAUCUAUUUUGCUGGCUCAGACGACAUAGAGGAGACCGAAUUCUACGACGCCGACGAGGGACUCGGACCAGUCAUGAUAGACUUUGAGACGACCGAUGACGACGACGAAGGCAGAGAGACUACGGCAGGCGCUGAAUCAACGUCAAACGAGAACGAGGAGGAAUCAUCACAAGCAGAGACGGCACGGCCACAACCCGCAAGACAGACUAUCGCUCUCACACAACAGCAGAUUCUACAACUUCUCGGAAACACAGGGCUCAGGNNGGGACUCUUUGCCAACGUUGUUGGCCAGCAGCGGGGCGGACUUGUUGCCGAUGAUGAUGACGACGACUACGAGGACGACUCAUAUCUCGGAUGGCACGCCAUGGGUCGAAGGGCUAGACGGCCUAAGAGAGAAGGCUCAGGGUACCCCAAGGUUCCCAGCGAAGCAGGAAAGAAGUUGAUGGAGUCUGGUACUUUCGGCACCACCGAGCGACCGCGAGGAACAUACGGUCGCAAGAGGAAGCUCGCAUACCGGAACAUGAUGCGCGAGCUCGGAGUGGGCGGCUACGGUGCUCAGAAGAGUGCCAACAAGCUCAUAUCCCAGACCAUGAUACCCUCGACGCAGGCCGACAGCAUCAUUAACUACAACCAUCGCUGUUACUCUGGUCAGUUCUCAGACGAUGGCAACUUCUUCUUCUCGUGUGCGCAGGACUUCAAGGUUCGUAUGUACGAUACCUCAAACCCAUACAGAUGGAAGUACUAUAAGACGGCGCACUAUUAUGGCGGUCAAUGGACUAUUACCGACGCAACCUUGAGUCCGGACAACAGGUUCCUGGCAUACAGUUCCAUCAGAAGCGCUGUCUGUCUUUCACCUACAGAUCCCGACAACACCAUGGAUCCUACGAUACUCGACUUUGCCGACAUGGGACAAGCUACGAGCCGAAGAACUGGACGUGGUUGGGGUCAUUUUGGUAUCUGGUCUCUCCGCUACUCUGGUGAUGGACGCGAGAUCGUUGCCGGUACUUCAGAUUCAAGUGUCUAUGUCUACGACAUUGAGACACGGCAAUCGAUACUCCGAAUUCAUGGUCACAGGGACGACGUCAAUGCUGUCUGCUACGGAGACAAAACCUCGCCACAUAUUCUGUACUCAGGAUCAGAUGAUACGACGUUAAAGGUCUGGGAUCGACGUUCGAUGGGUGAUGGCCGUGAAGCCGGUGCCUUUGUUGGUCACACAGAGGGUAUCACAUACAUUGACAGUAAGGGCGAUGGCAGAUAUGUGCUCAGCAACGCCAAGGAUCAAACGAUGAAGUUGUGGGACUUGCGCAUGAUGAUGUCGACUGAGCGAUUCGACAAGAUUGAUCCAGAAGAGCACACGACAGGUUUUGACUACCGGUUCGCACCUUACGACGAGGAAGAGUAUGAAGCUCAUCCUCAUGACUGCAGUCUGGUCACCUUCCGAGGCCACAAGGUGCUCAAGACCCUCAUCAGAUGUCACUUCUCGCCACCGGGCAGCACAGAUGGUCGAUAUGUCUAUAGCGGAAGCCAUGACGGCUCGGUCUAUAUCUGGAACAUGGACGCCACGAUAGCAGGCAAGAUCGACGUGCUGGAAGCAACCAGAAACUCACGACCCGAACGAGACGAGCGAUAUGUUGAUCGCUGGGAGCACGGUGGUGGACGCAGCCAGUGGAGUACUAUCGUCCGCGACGCUAGUUGGCAUCCUACUGCACCGGUCGUUGCUGGUAAGUCAAGCAUCUUCACAACUCUUGGUCCAUCUACUGAAACCGCAUAUNNAGCAACCUCAUGGAACGGAUGGGACCACGGUCUAGGAACAUGCACAGUACAUAGCUGGAACGACGGCAAUGAUUCGGACGAGGGUGAACCCAAGAUGGGAGCACGACUGAACCCACAGCUCGAGCAAGAUAGUCGAUACUACGAGGGCGCCGCUGCUACAACUGGCCGAACCACAUCCUCCCGACGAUCGAGAUUCGUGACGCGGGCACAGUUGGCUCGAGACGACGAAGAGGAAGAGUAG